AUGUCGCUGUCCGCGCUGCCGUUGUCUCCCGCCCGGGUGUUCGCGGAGCUUUUAGCCCCGCCGCUCGGGGGUCGCGGGCGGGAGAACGAGCCGGUGCCGGGGCUCCUCGGCGGCCGCGGCACCCCAGUGCCGCCAGGGCGGGAGGUUCACGUGAGCGGCAGCGCGGAGCUGUGUGCGGCCCCGGACCGGGCGCGGGUCUCCAUCCGGCUGGGGAGCAGGAAGGGGGAGGCCGAGGAGGCGCGGAGCAGCGUGAGCCGGCGGCUGGAGUACAUCGCGCAGAGCGCCCGGCAGCGCGGGGUGCAGGAAGAAAAUGUGACUGUGACAAAGGAUUUUAGUAGAGUAGAAAAUGCUUAUCAAAUGGAAGCAGAGGUCUGCAUUACAUUUAGUGAUUUGGGAAAAAUGCAGAACGUUUGCAACUUACUCGUUGAGAAACUGGGUAGUUCUGUUAUCAUCAGUCCACCUCACUUCUACCAUACAGCAGAGUCUGUAGACACCCUUCGGCGUCAAGUGUGUCUUGCUGCUGUUGGGAACACACGUCGAAAAGCUCAAGAGGUCUGUCGACUGUUCGGCCAGUCACUGGGAAAACCGCUGCUUAUCAGAGAAGAGGAAAUGAAAGAAUGGGAAGGACAAAUAGACAGUCACCCAUCCAACUCCUCAGACACACUGACUGUGCAGCAGAGAAUCCAAAGUGCCACUAUUUAUGCUUCUUCAAAAAUAUUUGCUAUUUUUGAGAUAAAGGGAAGAGAAAAGAGAAAAAACAAGCUUAUCUAGAAGCAUGUUAAAGCAUUUUUCUUAUUUGUCUCUGACAAAUCUUGGAAUAAAUUU